AUGCAGUUCUCAACUCGCUCAGCCCUAGCGGCCCUCCUCAUGGCCACUGAUGCUCUGGCCUGCGGCAAGGGCUACCACCACAAGCACAAGUACACGACACUGUCGACCUCGACCCUGUCCGCCUCUGUCGUGCCCUCCUCUACGCCUAUCGCCGAGGCUCCUGCGGUUCCCACCAUCCUCCCCACAAGCGUCGAGAGCUCGUCCUCAGUUGUGAUUGUGCCCAGCACGACUUCGUCGUCGUCCUCCGCUGCUGCGACGACCACGACACCUGCCUCAUCCGGCCUCACCACCGAUGAGCAGGCGGCUCUGGACAGCCAGAACAGUGCCCGUUCCGACGUCGGCGCGACCGCCCUCACCUGGGACGCCACUCUGGCCAGCGAUGCUCUCGAGUGGGCCCAGCACCUUGCCUCGUCAGGCGGGUCUUCCGGCACUCUGACCCACUCCACGACCACGAGUGACGGUGAGAACCUGUACUGGCAGAGCAACUCCGACUCGCCAUACGUCAACGCUGCCAACGCCUGGGUUGGUGAGAAGGACAAGUACAACGGAGAAGCCAUUACUGGUAGCGGAAACUUUGAGGAGUAUGGCCACUACACUCAAGUUAUCUGGGCCUCUACCUCCAAGGUCGGUAUGGCCGUUGCAUCUGACGGAAGCGGUGGAUACUACGUCGUCGCUCGCUACAACCCUGCGGGCAACAUUAUCGGCGAGACCCCCUCUUCUGGUUAA